GAUUAAUAUCAAUACCAACACUUCAUCAUCAAGUCUCAAAACUAAAUCAAAGGUCCUAUUCAACAACAACAUUCGUAAAGGGUUUAUCUCAAUCAAAUCUCAUUUCUGUUUGAUGAUUCAGUUUAUACAAUCGAAUGGAUUCUAACUCAGAUUCAGAUUACGAGAAAUUAUCAAAGGAAGAAUUGAUUUCUAAAAUUAAAGAUUUAGAAGGACGUCUUUCGACCCUGAAGGUUUCUAAACUUUCUAAAGACUUAUUACAGUCUACUAGUGGAAUCCAAAACCAACAAGAAGGAAACAGGAUAGAUUUGAUGACCACACCUGCGAUCGGAAAAAAACUUAAACACAUUAAACAACAAAGUCAAAAGAAAUUCGAAUUUAAAAAAUAUCCUACCCGAAAAAUCGCACUUCAAAUCGUAUAUCAAGGAUGGAAUCAUGGAGGAUUAGCAUGGCAACCUGAGAUCACCCCAUUAACCACAGUAGAAGGUGAAUUAUUUAAAGCAUUAUUAUCAGCUAGAUUAGUGGAGAUGUCAGAAGAAUUUCAAGAAGAAGAUCGAGAAGAGAUCCUCAAGACAGAAGAAUGGCGUGAAGCAGUUGAUUUAGAAGGAUGGGAAUAUUCUAGAGCUGGUAGAACUGAUGCUGGUGUGAGUGGAUCGGGUCAAGUGGUUAGUCUUUGGGUUAGAAGUAAUCUUUUGGAUUCAAAACUACGUCAAGAACUGCUUGAUUCAAAGCAAAGCCCACCUGGAAGUUUUAGAGAUCCUGAAGGAUUUGAAAGAAGUACAGAUGAAGAGAAUGAAGAAGUUCAUCCUAAGAUUUUAAAUUCAUCAAUUUCAAACAAACCUCAAGAAGAAUUACCUUAUAUCUCAAUUUUAAAUUCACUUUUACCUGAAUCGAUUAAAGUGAUUGCUUGGUCACCUGUCUCAACUGAAUUUGAUGCAAGAUUUUCUUGUAAAGGUAGACAUUAUAAAUAUUUUUUUACUAAAUUUGAAUCUGAUUUAAAUCAAUCGUUAGAUAUUGAAAUGAUGAGAGAAGGAGCCAAGAAGUUGAUCGGAGAACAUGAUUUUAGAAAUCUUUGUAAAUUAGAUAAGUCUAAACAAAUUGAAAACUUUAAAAGAGAGAUUUAUUCUGCUGAAAUUAAUUUAGUUGAUGAGAAUGCAAUUGGUCCUGAAUUUAAUAAGAAUGAUGGACUUGAAGGAUCGGUUGGACAAGACGGAUUAGGUGAAAAGAAUCAAAUGUAUGUUUUUGAUCUUAGAGGUAGUGCGUUUCUUUAUAAUCAAGUUAGAAACAUCAUGGCGAUUUUAUUUUUAAUUGGAUCAAGAUUAGAAUCACCCAACUUGAUCGAUGGAUUGUUAUAUACUGAUUCGAGUGCUCAAAAACCAGAAGGUUUAGGACUGAUUACCGAUGAAUUUGUGGAUCGAAAACCAGAGAUGGCAAUUGCUAGUGAAUUACCUUUAUUGUUAUGGGAUUGUAUUUAUCCUCCUAAUACAUUUAAUUGGAAAUCUGAAUCGGUUUAUAAAUCUAAUGGGAUCGCACCAAGUAAAACGUUUGAUACGAUGAGAAUUCAAUCCACUCGUUAUCGAAUCAAAUCGAUUCUUACAUUACAUCAAAUUCAAAAAUUACAAAGCUUUUAUCAAACUGAUGAUGAUGAUGAUCAUCAAAUCACACCUUCACCUUUUCAUAAAUCUAAAUCAGUUUGUCAAAUCUUUGGUGCAGGUCAAAGUCAAUGGACUAAGAAUUAUAAAUCGAUUUUAAACCGUCCUAGGUUAAUGAUUUAUAGUGAAAGUAAUCAAAAAUGGUUAGAAGGUAAAGGUGCAAGAAUGUUGGCUAAAAGAUCAGCUGUUUGAAAUCUUUUGGAAAACUUUUAGAGGAAUGUAACUUUUUAUCUUUUUGAUAUCACUCAAUUUGUAAAUUGUAAAUUGAUUUUGUUUUCACAUUACGUGGUUUCAGAGUUACUUAUCAUUUGAUUUAUUUAUUAAGUAGAAUAACAUCAUAUAUUAUGUCGGUGGGUGCGGUUCUUUAGUUUGUACCUAUCACUUCUUUUGACCAUCAAGUCGUUUAUGGAUUCAAUCAUGAAUAGGGCAGUUCAAGUCGGGUGUUUACAGCCUAUCU